CCACACAGCUUUGUUAGUUUGCUUGCUGUGAGGGCCGCUUAAAACCCUACUUGUGGUCGCAGACUUGACCACAGCAUCGCCGCCGUUUGCUGCAAGCAAACAACUGCAUAGACGUUAGUCGUGGAAUGAGCACGGGCGAUGCCGCCGCUAGCGACAAGUACUGCGCAUUUAUCACUUUCAAGCGCCAAACUCCAGCGCCGAACUCCAACGUCGCUAGCGUCGCGUGCUUCUAGCUCAUACCAUGUAGCGACACGUUGUGGAAGGUCCAGAUCCGGCUGCAUCAGGUCACUCGGAGGCGCACGGCAAUCGCAACACAGGCCCGGCGCCAUCCCCACCGAUGGCGCGGAUCGCUCGGCGCCCACAGCCAGCCCCUCCUCCCCACACAACAACCAGGUUAAUCGCGUCAUGCACGACAAUGACAACGUAGAGCACUCGCUCCUGACGCGGCUACGCCGCGGCACGGCCGCGGCGCUGGCAAGCGCGGUGCUGCUACUCGCCCCCGCCGCACCCCCAGCACGCUAUGCUCCAUCCCUGGCCCACGCGGCGGGCGCCAUCAGCAGCAGCAAUGGCAGCAGCAGUGGCAGCAGCAGCAGCAGCAGCAGCAGCAGCAGCAGCAGCAGCAGCAGCACCACGACCAAUGAGACGUACAGCGGUGUUGCGGCGUACGAGAGCGCUGUGCGGGACCGCGGCGACGGCAAGGGGCCGAACAUGUCUUUGUUCACGGAGGAUGCACGGCAGGCGAUGACCAGGCUGCAGCAGUAUGCGGCGUACGUGGAGGACGAGGUGUGUCCGCGCGAGGAGGCGUGCGGCGAGGUAUGCACUGAAAACCGCGAGGUGCUGGAGAAGGCGUGGCAGGUCGUGGCGAGUGAGCACUACAGCGCCAGUGGGGCAUUCAGCCAGGCGGGAUGGGCCGGGGUGCUGCUUGACACACUGCAGGCCCAGCCCGACGGCCUCAUCCGCACCAAGCCUCAGCUGCAGGCCGCCAUCGCCGCAAUGCUGGCCCGCCUGCACGACCCGUACUCCGAGUUCCUGCCGCCGGCCGCGUUCCGGCGAGCGCUGCGGCGGCCGCUGCCAUCGGAGCAGUCGUACCUGCAGGCCCAGUACGUGGGUCUGGGUGUGGAGCUUGGUCCGGUGGCGGCGGAGGGCGGGCGACUGGUGCUGGCGCCGCUGGCGGGGUCGCCGGCGGAGGCGUCGGGCAUUGCGCGCGGCGACCGCCUCAUAAGCAUUGACGGCACGCGGGUUGACGAGCUGGGUCUGGAGCAGGCGCGUGCGCUCAUGCGCGGCCCCGCCGGAUCCAGUGCCACCCUGGAGUGGGUGCCAGCCGCCACUGCUGCUACUGCCGCCACUACUGCUACUGCCGCCAGUGGUGGUGCUACUGCCGCCGCCGCCUCGGCGCCCCCAGCUGCUGCAGCAACGACCAAUGUCAGCUUCACGACGGGGGCUGCGGGCAGUAGCGCUGGCAGUAGCAGUAGCAGUGUCGGUGCCAGCAGCACUGGCAGUAGCAGUAGCAGUGUCGGUGGCAGUAGCAGCAGUGUCGGUGCCAGCAGCACUGGCAGUAGCAGCAGUGUCGGUGGCAGUAGCAGUGGCAAGGUGGUGGUGAUGGAUGUGGAGCGGCGAGCGCUGCCGCAGCCGGCCAUCAAGGUGUCGCGGCUGCAGCUGGGCCCGCCCGGCUUCUACGCCACCUACGUACGACUGCUGUACUUCGGCAGUGAGACCACCACCGCCCUGGCCGCGGCGCUGUCUCGCUCCGAGCCCGACCCGGCCAAUGUGGGCUACGUGCUGGAUCUGAGGAACAACCCGGGCGGUGUGUUUGAGGAAGCGCUGGCGUGCGCCUCAUUCUUCCUGGAUCAGGGCGACGUGCUCGCAAAGACCAUACGCGGGCCGGAGGAGGUCAUCGACACGGUGUGGCAGGUGGGCUCCCUGCCGGAGGAGGUGUUUCCCUCGCUGCCGGGGCGCCUGGCAGCCAAGCCGGUGGUGCUGCUGGGCAACAGGAGCACGGCCAGCGCGUCGGAGGUGUUUGCGGGAGCACUGCGCGACAACGGUCGUGCGCCGCUGGUUGGCGAGCCCACCUUUGGCAAGGGACUGGUGCAGUAUUAUUUCCCGCUGAGGGAUGGCAACGACGGCGGCGUGCGAGUCACGGUGGCAAAGUACCUCACGCCCUCGGGCUACGACAUAAGCGGGCGGGGCGCGGGGCUGGUUCCGGACCGCGCGUGCAGCGACUUCCCCCACGGCGGCCUGCCGACCAGUGUGGACGGCGGGGACAAGUGCAUUCAGGCGGCGGCGGGGCUGCUGCGGGUGCGCAUAUGAGCGACCCCCCCCUACCUGCCUACGACUUCACUUCUUAAUUAAUCAUGAAUGUAACCCCCCCAGUCGCCAGCCGACCUGCCAUCAGUCGCCAGCCCAGCUGUGGCAGGGCGGCGUAAUCCCGAUAGCUAUGUAAGUUGGGGAGUAGGGUGGGCGUUGGCUGGCGGCUGGCGGCUGGCCGCAUGCGCGCCUGCCGCCCUCCUGCUCUGGGGAGGACGCGGCGUGAUAGUUGCAUGUGCACCGUGGGCGUGUCAGGAUGCCGUGGUCGAAAAGUGCAUCGGGCGGAGUGCACCGUGCGCAUGUACAGAGUGCGGUAGUUUCUUAGGCAGACCUGUGCGACAGCGACUGAGGGAUGGGCAGCUAUCUAGUUGUAGCUACCAGCAUUCAAGGUAGGAUAGGCACACGCUAGUUGAACUGCAACCGCACUUCACAGUUCACCUGCUGUACGCUUUCCGUACUUUACCGGUGGCGCUCCCAAUGGCGCUCUUUUGUGAAAUACACGAUAGGGAUUCGUGAGUUCGUGUUUGUUGUGACAAGGAAGACAAGGCUGAUGCAGUGCACGUCGUUGUGUGCUUCGCUCCUCGAGAAGAAUUACCCUGAUCAUAAGUUUAGUCUCAGGUUCGCGCUGGAGGUGACAGCAGUGACUCGGUCCAUGCGCUGAUGUGCAGAUGAAAUGCCACGGAAUGCGCUGGAUGCAGGGUUACUGUUGGCAAGGUGUACAUUACGGCGUGUGUGCGCGGAGAGGGACUGGGGGCUGUUCAACCCCCCCACCCCAUACACGUUCACACCGGGGGUCCGGCACUUGUGGGUUUGAGUUAGGCCUCGGCAGCAUUCGGUGGUCUCUAUGUGCUUGCACACUGGGAUCGUCUCCUCUUAUG